AUGUAAACUUUAUUACAAUAAAAUUUACAGAAAGUUUUAUAGACGAUUAUUAAGGCUUCAGAAACUUAGAAUAAAUAAGUUACAUUAGUGGCUGUUUCAAAAACAAAAUCUGCUGAUUUAAUUAAAGAGGCAUAUGAAGGAGGAUAAAGACAUUUUGGGGAAAAUUAUGUUAAUGAAGUAAUUGAAAAGGCUCCUUUAUUGCCUAAUGAUAUUUCUUGGCAUUUCAUUGGUCAUCUUUAAACAAAUAAAGUUUCAACUUUAAUGAAGAUUCAAAAUCUUGAAUUUAUUCAAUCUGUAGAUAGCCUCAAAUUGGCUGAAAAAAUAGAAAAGCAUUGUUAAAAGCUUGGAAGAAAUAUAAAUAUCUUUGUUUAAAUUAAAUUAAGCGAAGAGGAGAGUAAAACUGGAGCUGAGAUUGAUGAAGCAAAACUUAUAAUUUAAGAAAUAAUUACUAAGUUUAAAUAUAUAAAAUUAAUUGGUUUAAUGACUAUUGGACCUAUUGGAAACAUAGAGAUUUUUCAACAAUUAUCUGAUUUGGCAAAAAAUUUUGAGAAGGAAUUUAAUCUUGAACCUUUAAAGUUAAGUAUGGGGAUGAGUGGAGACUAUUUGGAAGCAAUUAAAUAUGGAGCUGAUUAUAUAAGAGUUGGAAGUGCAAUUUUUGGAGAAAGAAAUGUUAAAUAAUGACUUAUAAUAUCAAAUGCAAUUAUACCAC